GGCGUUAGUCGGUAGAAGGAACCCCCCCAGUCAGACUUGGUUAGUUGCUUGCUAAUUACCUUUGGCUUGGAGACAAGGGUAUUCAGGGCGGGAUCCCGUGAGUCACUUCCUGUGCUUGUUGGGCCCCUAUUCUUCCCUCCGUUCUGCCAGAGCCGUCAGACUCAAGCCUGCCUCUCCUGCAGAGUGUAUGUCAGAAGAACUCCAACCACUUCCCAAGCAGGGAAAAGCAAGACAAAGCUUUUCAGCACAGCGUGCCUUUGAAGUAUUUAUGUUAAAGCAGCGCUUUGAUCAGUGACCUGAGUUCAUUGAAAAUACAAUUGCAACAGCUGUCCAUAGAAGAUGAGUGAGCGCUUUGACUGCGACAACUGCAAAGAAUCUCUAUAUGGCAGAAAAUACAUCCUCUCUGAAGACAGCCCCUACUGUAUCCCUUGCUAUGACACCCUGUUUGCAAAUACAUGUGAUGAAUGCAAAGAGCUGAUUGGACAUGAAGCUCGGGAACUGUUCUACGAAGACCGCCACUACCAUGAGCAUUGCUUCAGGUGUUAUCGCUGUGACAGAUCUCUGGCAGAUGAGCCAUUUACAUGUCAGGAAGAAGAGCUGUUGUGCAAUGAUUGCUACUGCAGUGAAUUCUCCUCAAAAUGUAUUGCUUGUGACAAGGUCGUCAUGCCUGGUACCCGUAAGCUUGAAUACAAUGGCAGCACUUGGCAUGAAGGAUGCUUUAUUUGUCACACCUGCGAGCAGCCAAUUGGAUCCAAGGCCUUUGUUCCUGAUAAGAGUGAGAUUUACUGUGUGCCUUGCUAUGAGAACCACUUUGCUCCACGCUGUUUCCGCUGCAAGAAGGCCUUGACCAAAGGAGGUGUUACUUAUCAUGAUGAACCUUACCACAAAGAAUGCUUUGUCUGCAAUGGGUGCAAGACUCAGCUGGCUGGCCAGCAAUUCACCUCCCGGGAGGACUCUCCGUACUGCCUCAAGUGUUUUGGAAACCUGUAUGCCAAGAAGUGUGCAGCCUGUGCCAAGCCCAUCACAGGUUUCGGAGGUGGCAAAUACAUUUCCUUUGAAGAUCGCCAGUGGCAUCAGAGCUGCUUCACCUGCUCGCGAUGUUCAGCUUCGCUGGUGGGGAAAGGAUUCUUCCCCGAGAAGGAUGACAUUCUUUGUCGUGAAUGUAACAGUGACUUAUGAAUUGACCACUGACACCAGUUCCACUCUUCGUGUAUUUUUCUACUCUCCAAUUGCACCAGUGCAGCUUUAAGCCAUUUAAAGCACAGUUUGUGUCUCUGAAAAAGCCUGUCCUUUCACACUUUUUUUCUAGUGACAUUUUGUACAUGUCUCAACUUGUACAAUAAAGAUUUAGUAGAUUACUUCCUCUCCCUAAUGCCUUUCUCCCUUAUCAGUGAAGCUCAAACUCUCUAGGGAGGAUGAACAAGAGCAAAGUUAUUCUUUCAGUCAUCAAGUGGGGCAUCAAAAUGGGCACUGUUAUUUAUUCCAUAUAAUUAACUAUCAUAUUCAUAUCACAUGUCUAAAAUACUCUGCAGUGUAGCUUUCCAAACAGUUCAGUAAUUAAAGGCAUAGGGACUAAAAUACAAAUUGAGUGAGGUAUAAAUAGCCAAUACCGACAUCAUUCAUGUUACCAUUAGUGUUAAAUAAACUGUGGAGAUUUUUAUGUGUCUGCAGCAGAUGGAAUAUGAACUCAGAUUUUCUGGCUUUGAGGUAGGGAUGCUACCACUGCACCACAAGAACCCCCUUACCUUGCAAAUGAAAUUCUUGCAAAUUGGACACUCUGCUUGAUUUGAUUUUGCUUUCUAUUAGCUUUCCUGAAAAGAUAAAUUUAGGCUGGUGUAUAAUAAGCAGUCAAUCCAAUUCCACUUAUUUUGUACCCUUGGGAUGUUACUGAACCAUUGAGACAUGAAGGAAUUCAGUUUGAUCCUUGCACUGUGUUGAAUUUGCUGGUCUCAAUCAUGCUGGGGUAGCACAAUGAUUUGGACAAGCAAGUUUGAAGAUGAUCCAAGACCCUUGCUAUUAAUCACUUUCAGGAGAUUCCUUGUGGAAGUACAUGUUUGUGGAUAUCAAUGGACAGAAUUUGACUUGGACUUCAUCCCCACAAGCAGCCCCUGAAAUUCAUGGCCUAGAAUCGCAUGUGAAGAAUGGUAACUUAAUCAGAUAUUCAAAAGUCCCAACAAAACCAAUUGCAGAAUGAAGUAUAAUCUUCAAAAGGGUAAGGAUGAGGCAGAGUGAUACAGAUUUAUUGUGAGGAAUUUUCACUUUGGAGAUGAGUGGAGAGUGGAUAAAUUUUGAAGACUGUCGUACUGGCUCCUCGAUGUUCACUUUCUUCCAGCUGGUUUUCCCAGGUUUUGGCUGCAUUCCUAGAUGCAACCCACCCAGCAGCAAGAAACCAAUUGACACCAAUAUAAUACCAUUGAACUAUCAUUUUUCAAGGGCAGUGGUGGUUUCCCAGAGGUACACAAGAUCCCUACUACAAUGGUAAUUCAUUUCUUCAUAAGAGGCAAAAGGACUUCAGGAGGUCAAAGAUCUCUAAGUACAUAGAUUCCAUUCAGCAUAUCCAUAGGCAAAUGCUGUCAUGCUGAUGAGAUUGCCCAGCUAGUGCAUCCAUUUGAUCAUUCAUGGGGUUUGGGUUUGGGCUGCUGCUUCCAGCAUUAACAAUGCAUCUCCAUCUUGUCGCGUUCUAUUCCAUUUACCUGAGCCACACGCUCAUUCUAAGUGGGGCUGUCAAAUGGCAUUUCCUUCAAUCACUUUGAUGAUCCUUCCCAUCUGCCUUCCCUCUCCCUAAUUGGACAACACUCUGGGAGGAUGCUUCUCAGUUGACUACUGACCACAUUAGAGGAUUUGCUGUUGAAACAAGAGGGGCCAGAUCCCAAAAACCGGCCUGACUUAGGCACAUUAUUUCCUGUAGAGAACAUUUGUCAUUUUUGUAAUGCCCCUUUUCCAGCCCGUCGUGUCAGGAUGUUGCAGUUUUUUUUUGUAAUAUCUCUCAUUGGGUAAAUGAGCAAUGAGGUCAUUGACUUUUCAGUUGGUUCUGACUUUCAUUCAACCACAUGGCUCUGAACUUGGCAGGCAGCUUUUUCCCAUUUGGUGAAAAUGAAUAGAAUAAUAGGAAUGAAGUACUCUGAACAUUUAUGUCAAACAUCAAGGGUUUGCGUGUGGAUCUCUAAGGAUACUUGUGAGAGCAAAGAUGUCUAGCAGAGAAAGAGAACUUUUUUUUGUGCAGUGCAGGGGAAAUUUAGGACAAAUAUCUGGAACUAUUUCUCUGAAAGAUGAUAAUUGUUUGUUUGGAAUGGAUUGUCAGGGGUGUGGUUAAAACGCAACAACAGAUUGAUUUACAAGAAACAAUUAGAUGAUGUAACAAAUGCAGGAGGAUAACAUAAAAGAGCUGCAGAUGCUGAAGAUCUGAAACAAAUUAUUAGAGGAAAUUCAGCGGGUCUGGCAGCAUUUGUGGAGAGAACGCAGACUUAAAUAGUUGAAUAGAAUUAAAGCAGAGAAAAAUAGUUGGGUUGAUUUUCUGAAAUGAUGACAGCAAAUGACUGGAAAGGUCUUGUUUAUUGAAUUUUUCUGAGAUGAAUCGCCUCAAUUGGUCUUCUAUUGUACAACAGAAUAUGGGAUUGCAUCUGUUAUUACCAACACUGAGCUCCUUACCUUAUCAGAGCCAUUGCAUCCCAGAUAUCAGAGGUGUCUAUUAAGUAGAUUUUCAGAAUUAGGUACAUUGUUAAUUUACACAGAACAACCAGAAUUGACAUCAACUCAUUCACUAAAAAAGCACCUUAUGUUACCUUCUCUGAAUGCUUAUUAGAAAUGCACAAAAUAUAUUGGAACUGCCAUGAAAAACGGAAGGAAAUUGAUAUGUGGUGGAUGACCAUGAUCCUUAGUCUACAAGCAGCUCGAUUUAGUUGCCCAUUUUCCCUGCUCCAAGAAUCAGUUCUCAAGUCACUUGAUCACUUCCUAAUUCCAGUUGUGGGAUUCAAAUGGUUAUUCAGGUGGAACAAUCUCAGCUAUUAUGCAGUACUUGUGCAGACAAUGAGCUGACUAAUUUGGGCUAUUUGUUAAAACUGAAAUGGAAAGUUGAGCCUGUCAUAUCUGUCAGUAUUUACCGAAAAUGGAUCUGAUCUCAGACUGGGUUAGCACUAAUUUGACUGAGGGACACGAAAUGGCUUGAUGGCUUCAAAAUAAGCUCAGAAAUGCCUGGUUGGACUUGGCACUGCAUUGAUUGGAUAAAUAGACCAAGUAACAAGAAAAAGAGACAGAUUGUUUUACACCUUAUAUGGAAAGUCUCAGUCUGUUUGGACAAGUUUUAAGGCUGAGACGACAAACUGUGUUUGGAAUUUGCAUCACAUAAUAUUGAAAUAGAAGCAGUUGUGUUUUCCCAUAUAUGUCUUGACUUUAUCAGAGAGAGAGAGAGAGAGAGAGAUGGUGCACCUGGGGGGGGGGGGGGGUGACAUUUUACUUUUGAGUUAAUCAAAGUUAUUGCUAUUAAUCAGUCUCAUUAAGACUGUACCUCUAACUGAGUUAAAUGGGACAUAUUUGGAAAUUAUUAUAAGCAAAACUGCAAUAUAAGCAGAGUUGUGUGAUGCAGAUUUUGGUUCAGCUGUAUUUAGUCAGCAAUUCUAAAGAUACCAUUUGAAGACGAAAGCUAGAGUUUAUUUUAUUGUCCCCCUGCCCAUAUUGAGCAUCCUAAUUCUGAAUGCUGUACAAGAUAACCUAUUAUAUUUUGGUGAAAUUUACAUUUCAAUUGUUGAAAAGCGGGUGGAUCAAAGGAUUGUAAAUACAAACAUUCCUGCAGUGUUACUGGCUUCAAUCUGAAGCCUUACUGUAAAUAUGAAGCCCCGUUUAUACCAAAUGGAUUUGAGCUAAUAGAUUUUCAAAUGCACCUAAUUUUUGAUUCUAGGUUGUGUGUCUUGAUGUUCACAUGUACAGCUACAGUUUGAAUAUAUCACGUCCAUUAUAAUAUUAAUCAUUAUCUUUGAAGAAAAUCACAAAUGAUCCCAACCUGACAUUAUGUACAAUGAUUGAGCACCUUGCAACAAAAAGGGUUGGGCUACAAGUCAUAAGAGAUUCUAGUAUUGUGGACUCAAUUUUGAAGUUAAUGUCUAACUUGUGAAUCUCAUUUGGAGGGUACAUUUGUGUGAUGCUGUAUUUGUGAGAUAGAGAUUAGCAGGUGGUAGCACAUGGUUGAACUUGCUUAACAUUGGUCUAUUGGUAUGGUGCUACUGAUGCUUGUAGAAUGGUAGUCAGUGUGGGUAUUCUAUUCAUGAUGUUGAAAGAAGAGGUUAUGUCGUGAAUUGUUGCAAGAAACAUAACAGUUGUUAGUCCAGUAUCUUUAAUUUCAUAGAGUGUAGGAGUGAUUACUCAAAUAGUGCAGAGGUCGUCUUGUUAUACGAUCCUGGUGGCUAAGCUCAAGUGCCCUCAGCAAACACACUAGAGGGAAUAAUUGGCCUGUGACCCCAUUUCUAAUUACUGUGGAUGAGUGUUAUUGGAAGUAGCAAAUGAGGACAGGAUUGGGUAUGACAUAAUCAGAUGAGCAUUAUUAGUAUGCGAAGUUAUUUUAGAUUAGUUGACUGUGUCACUGUUUUGUGGAGGCGCAUCGUCUGAAGGAGCCUGAUCAAUAAACUGCAUUCAUGUUUAACAGUACCAUGGAUGUAAGGUUAGCCACUUUCAUUCGGAAAGCCUGUUCGCAUUAUCUGUCAGUGGGUGACCAAUCUCCAAUGGGUAUCUUCCUCCCCAACUCCUUUCAGCACUGCAGGGUAUUCAAUUUGAUUGUCCAUCUAAACGACAGGCUAGCUCUGCCAACACAGUUCACUCCUGUUAGUAUUGUUAACAGAGACUGAGAAUGAUUAAAAAGGGAGAUGGCAAGAUCCAAAAUCAUGCUAUUUAAAGGGUGUCUAAUGCCUUGCCUGUGGAAUAUCUGCCAGCAAUGCUGCCGUAUUGAUGGUUGCCUUGCAAUGAUUCAUACAUUCCAGUUUGUUGUACCCAUCAAAGUUCCCUUUAUGUUACCACUAAAAAUGUGUAAAAUUGCCAAACGUUGGCGUGUGCAUUUUUAAAAAUUUGUUUCUCUUCCAGAAGUGUUUUCUUGUUUUUACUACGUGAUUUGUAACCUAAUGCUUUUGAGAGUGGUGGGCCAGUCCCACAUGUCACAAGAGAGUUUACAUAUAACAGAAUGUUAUGCAUGUUUCUUUUAUUAAUCACCAAAGCAAAGUUCAUAUAUAACACUAUUGUAAAAGCUUUGAUGCUGGUAAGUCAGAGUAUACUGUGUAUUGUUUAACAAGAGAGCUGUGAUCAGCAGCAUGCAAUGUCUGCUUUGUAGUGUAGUUGUCCUGUCUGACUUACAUUUUCAUUUAUGUGUUUCUAAAUGCUUACACAAUAAUAAAAAAUAAACAGCAUCUUCUAUUGA